CUCAAUGAAUCUAUCCUAGUCGUUGGGAGUAGUGUAAGCGGCUACCUUCACAAUUCUUUUACAUCGACUCCUCCCCCGCUGUCGAUUGUACAAGCAGCAAGGGAGGCUAAAUAAAUGCAAAUACGACGACGACAGUGCUCAAACAACCUUCGCAGGAUAACUGAUAGCCCAUAGCGACACAUUACUGAAUAACUUGGCUCCGCAUGCAGCAGCGCCUCAAAACAAAGCUUUGGAGAGCCUCUCCGCGCGCUUGCCGUCAGCGCGACGCCGACGCGCAUCGAUCACGCAAACAACCACGCAGGUCUCGAACACCAUGGCGGACAGCUGGGAGGACGACGACGCCGACGUCACGCUGCCCGGCGCCGCCGCGCCGCCGGCCGCGUGGGACGACGAGGAGGAAGAGGAGGACCUCGCGAACAACGACCCGCCCCCGAAGCCGCCGCCGGCGCCGGCCAGCGAGAAAAAAGUCGUCGCCGAGAAGGACCCCGACGCCGUCGUCAUCAAGUUGGACAACAUGAACGACCACCUCAAACUCGUACCCUUGUUACUCGAGCGCUUCGAAGCCAAAAAGUCCAAGGACAGCCACGUCUUCAUGUUCGUCAAGGAGCUCCUCAAGAAGACCGAAUCACGGUUCUCGGCCGCCGAGUGUGGGGACUUGGCUAUUAUGGCAGGGAACUACCAAAAGACGAAGCAGCAGGCCAUCGACAAGCCCACCGAGUCGAACGCCAAAAAAAAGUCCAAGAAGAAGUCCAAGAAAGAAAAACUCGAGCAGAAGAAGAAGGUCGACGACUUGUUCGGCGUCGCCGAGGCCGGCGAGUACGACCACUACGAGGACCAGUACGACGACUUCUUCUGAGUAACUAGAGAAACGUGUACUAGUCAGCACGACGUCGCCGCGACGCGUCGAAGAGAGACACUAGCAUGUUAAGCGACGGGAGAGCGAACCGA